CCGGGAGCGGCGCCUGCGUUCGCUGGGUCCCGGCGGCACGCGCCGCGCACGGAGGUCCUCUGUCAGAGCGCGCGGCGCUGGUGCUCAUGGCAGAUGUAAGGUACGAGGCCCGUGUCUUUGGAGAAGAUUAAUGGGCCAGUCCUGCUGAGAUUCGGGUCCGGACGCGCGCUGGCGCCGCUCACCCGCGAUACAAUCCCAGCACGCCCCCAACCCAGCGCAUAGCAGCGAUUUGGGCGCGCCCAACCCGCGCGACGCGGCGAAACCCGAAGGCGCGCCCGGGAGAAGAAGCAGAAAAACUCACCCUCCCAUUCGCUGCUGCGCCCCCUGGGCGGCGCCCGGCCUCUGGGACACCGGGAGCGGCCUCGCGAACCGCUGCGGACGCCGCCAUCGCGCGAAGAGGACGCGAGAGCAGAAAGCAGCAAAACCGACCCUUCAACGCACAGGCAAGCCGAGUCGAGCCGGCGGCGCGACGUCUCCUCUUCGGCAGUGGACCAGCUCGCGCGGCAGCAACCACAAAGGAAUGGACGGCGAGGUGACGGUGCGGACGGCGCCGCGGCGCGAGCCGCCGCCCCAAAUGUCGGCGAAGUGAUUGAUGGGAAGCAGUGGCAGUUCAAUGCCGAGCAGAUCAUCGGGAACGGGAGCUUUGGGGUUGUCUUCCGAGCGACGAUCGUCGAGACCGGAGCAGUGGUCGCAAUCAAAAAAGUGCUCCAGGACAAGCGCUUCAAGAACCGGGAAUUACAUAUCAUGAAGCAGUUGCGGAGCGAGCCUCAUCCCAAUGUGAUUCAAUUGCAGCACCAGUUCUAUAGUUCUGGGGAGAGGUCAGACGACGAAGUGUACUUGAAUUUAGUCCUGGAGUACAUGCCCGACACCGUCUACGGCGUCGCGAGGGCCUGGCAGAAGGCGAAGACGCCCUUACCGACGACGCAUGCGCGGAUUUAUGUGUGGCAGCUCUGUCGAGCGCUGGGGCAAAUUCACGCGGCUGGGAUCUGCCACCGCGACAUCAAGCCCCAGAAUUUGUUAUUAGAUCCCAAAACUCAUGUCGUGAAGCUCAUUGACUUUGGGUCUGCGAAAGUUUUGGUGCCGGGCGAGCCGAACGUGUCUUAUAUAUGUUCUCGCUACUAUCGCGCGCCGGAGCUGAUCUUUGGGAGCACGGAGUACACGACGGCCAUCGACGUCUGGUCGUCCGGUUGCGUUUUUGCGGAGCUGUUGCUGGGCGCGCCGCUGUUUCCCGGGGACUCGGGAGUUGAUCAGCUCGUGGAAAUCAUCAAGGUGCUGGGCACGCCGUCGCGGGAUGACAUCCGGGAGAUGAACGCGUCGUACACGGAGUUCAAGUUCCCUCAAAUAAGAGCGCACGCCUGGGCGAAGGUGUUUCGGUCGCGAACUCCCGCGAAGGCCGUCGACUGCGUCGCGACCUUCCUGGCCUACGCUCCGGUAAAACGAGUGAAGCCCCUGAACGCGCUGGCGCACGGCUUCUUCGACGAACUCAAAGUCGCGGGCGCGCGCUGCGACGAGAACGGCGGCGGCCCGGCGCUGCCGCCGCUCUUCGACUUCACGCAGCUGGAACUCGCGGCGUGCCCGGGGCUCGCGGCCCUGCGGCCUCCACAGGCAGCCGCCGCGGCCUAG